AUGGAUUUGCAUUUGGUUUGGCAUAAUCGCGGGACCAUUUACAUCAAACCCCUUCCGAGAUUCUUGCUUGAUCGAGGCUUUUGGGCCGAAUACCUCGUAUGUAAAGCGGGCUGUCGACACAACAGUAGUCAACAAAACUGCCGGCAGGAGCUUUGGCAAAUAUCCUUGGGGUUUCUAUAUUCCUAUGUCUGUUUGCUCUCUUACGAGAGUGAUUUUCGAACCGCAAACGAAAAGGGCUUGCUGCCUCGACUUGAUGACGACUCGCCCAUCCAAUUUACAAUAUGGAAGCAGCUGGCGGACGAAAUACUUACACAUCAGCCCGACGCAUUUCAUCCACGGUUUAGACUUGGUGAACUGCGGCUUUCUCGCCUUAAUUUCCUGUGUCGUUGUGUAAUGUUCCAGCCGAUGACCCCUUACUUCAGCACAUUAAAUAACUACGAGGGUUUAUUCCGGAACAACAUUACAUGGCUUGUAGCCACUACGGUGUUUAUCGCUUUAGCCCUUACGGCGAUGCAGGUUGGCCUCGCGACCGAACAUCUUCAAGGAAACGAAACCUUCGUGAAAGCGUCAUACGGAUUUGCUGUUUUUGCGAUUCUCUGGCCGAUAUGCGUUUUCGGGUUGGCAGUUUUGUUCGCUAUGGUUUAUCUUAUUUUAGACUCAUGCUGGCUACGGAGAUCAAGACGGAGGUGGCACGACCAGCUGAGACAGGGAGGUUAUCUGGAGCAACGCGAGGGAAUAUAG